AUGUAUUAUACCUAUAAACAGAUUUUUAGAUAAAUUAAUGACAUAAUGCAGGAUAUUCUAAUUAAUGGAUAUUUAUUAGUGAGACUGAUUGAAGAAAAUUUACCAGAUAGAAAAAACAUUAUAAAUUUUUUAAUACUCAAAUACUUAAAUUGGUUUCAAAAAGAAUAUUUAAUUAUUGAAUAAAAAAUACAAAGUCAAUUAUUAGCAAUCAUAAAACAUGAUAAAUUCAGAUAAUUAAUAUUAAAUUAACUUAGAAUUCUUCAAGCAAAUUUCUAAAAACUAAAUCAUAUAUUCGAUAGUUAUUGUGAUGAUUAUAAUAUUUUAUAUUUGUUCAAAAAAUCAAAAAAAUAGUAAUUUUUGAUCAUCUUAAAUAUUUGCUAGAUUAAUAAAUCUAGCAUCUAAUUUAUAAAAAACUUUAUGAUAUAAAUCAACCUCUUACAUUAAUCUAUUUAUUAUACCACUAUAAGAGAAUAAUAUUUAUAUUAAUUGCUGUUUAUAACCCAGAAUAAAUUCUAUUAUCCUUUUUUAUUAAUUGCUUCUAUUUGA